UAUAGAGGAUAGAACAUAGAAUUAGAAGCUCGUGAUAAUAAAAUUGUGGUGUACAAAGUGUAUAAAUAACAAGGAUUCUGAUGUGAAAUAUUGGAGCAUGCAUCAAAAACACUUUAGGGAAACAUUACACUUAUCUAAUUUCUGAGAUACAACUUAUUAUCAUAUAAGUAUUUCACAAGUCGGUAGUUUGCAGUGGUAGCACAAUAUGUUUCGGAUAGGUAAGUCCUCCCUUCAGCGGAAAGUACCUCGUAUUUGCAGAUUUGCAUCCGACGUAUCAAAUAAAAAUGAUGGCAGUCGACGUGUUGGCGUGGCACGUGUUGAGGCAAGUGCAGAAAAUCCGGUUUCGAGAACUCUUAAAUUGUUGGGCAAUGAUAUGAAGAGAGUUAAAAAUUUUAUUUUACCGAAAAAAACGGCCAAUGAAGAAACGGUGGAUGAUUAUCUUUCACGUUACCGAAAGGAGGAUUUCCAAACCCAUUGUGAUGUGCUGGUCAUAGGUGGUGGUGGAGUAGGAUCUUCAAUUGCCUAUUGGCUUAAAAAACGUGCCCGUGAAGGACUCAACGUGGUAGUAGUAGAGAAGGAUUCAACAUACCAAAAAGCAUCUACAUGUCUAUCUGUCGGAGGAUUAAGGCAACAGUUUUCGAUCGUAGAGAACAUCCAGAUGAGUUUGUAUGGCGCGGAGUUCUUGCGUGACGUGAAGAAGCUGCUAGGAAGCGAGGUCGAUGUGAAUUUUACACCUUUUGGUUACCUAAUGCUGGCUUCAGAACAGGGGGCAGAGCAAUUACAGCAAAAUUCAAAACUGCAAAAUGUGCUUGGAGCAAAAAAUGAAAUUCUUACUGCUAGCCGUUUAAAAGAGCGCUUUCCUUGGAUGAAUACGGACGGAAUAGCAAUUGGUUGUCAUGGUUUGGAGAAAGAAGGUUGGUUUGACCCUUGGGCGCUCUUGUAUGGCUUUAAAAAACGCGCCAUUGAAUAUGGUGCGCAUUAUGUUGAAGGUGAAGUAGUGGGGUUCGAAUGUCGCGAGCUGCCAGAUGUUUUGACCACGCACUCAUCGUCUACCGAGGUCCUGGAGGGCUUGGAUAAAGUUUCCAUCCGAAUGAAAGACGGUGAAUUAAGAAAUGUGAAAUUUUCUAUCGCCAUUAUCGCUGCUGGCGCGCAAUCAGGGAAUGUGGCGAAAAUGGCACGUAUUGGCACUGGCAAGAAUAUGCUAAGUGUACCACUUCCCGUUGAGCCACGAAAACGUUACGUUUAUGUUUUCCAGUGUCAAAACGACAGUGGGCCUGGAAUUAACACGCCAUUGACAAUCGACCCAACAGGAACGUAUUUUCGUCGAGACGGGUUGGGUGGAAAUUACCUCGCUGGAAAAAGUCCCCUCCCUGAGGAGGAACCGGCUGCUGAUAAUUUGGAGGUAGAUUAUUCCUACUUUGACAGCAGCGUAUGGCCAAAUCUUGCUCAUUUAGUACCCACAUUCGAAGCCAUAAAAAUGAAGAGUGCGUGGGCUGGUUACUACGAAUAUAACACAUUUGACGAAAAUGGCAUUGUUGGCCCGCAUCCGUACUACAAUAAUUUAUACAUUGCGACAGGUUUCAGUGGCCAUGGAAUACAACAAACGCCAGCCGUCGGCAGGGCUAUAGCUGAAAUGAUUAUUGAUGGUGAAUUCCGUACUAUUGAUCUAACUCGAUUUGGAUUUGAUAGGAUCCUCGUUGACCAACCACUAUAUGAAGCUAAUAUUGUAUGAUAAUGGCGCAUGUUCAAGGAUAGCUACUAUUUCUAAUUCUUGGCAUUCUUCACGCAUUGCGGCCUUACCGUACUACAGACGGAAAGCAGUGAAUUAACCAUAAGAUGAAUGAUUGUUAGUUGAUGAUUAACCUGGAACGAUGAACGAUGCUACGCAAGCGACGUAAAAUUUAAAUCUAGUCUAAUAAAUAAGGAAUCUAAUUUGGCUCACCUUAGAUUCAUAAAUGUAUAACUAUUCAACUGCAUAU